UUUAAAGCCAGGUGCGCCGAGUCAGCUCGCCAUGUCCAGAUCCGGGGACAGGACCUCCACCUUCGACCCCAGCCACAGCGACAACCUGCUGCACGGCCUCAACCUGCUGUGGAGAAAGCAGCUGUUUUGCGACGUGACCCUGACGGCCCAGGGCCAGCAGUUCCACUGCCACAAGGCCGUGCUGGCCUCCUGCUCGCAGUACUUCCGAUCGCUCUUCUCCAGCCACCCCCCUCUCGGGGGAGGGGUCGGCGGCCAGGACGGCCUGGGGGCCCCCAAGGACCAGCAGCAGCAGCCGCAGCAGCCACAGCCGCCCCCGCAGCAGCAGCCCGCCGCCCAGCAGCAGCCACCGCCGCAGGAGGAGCCCGGGACUCCUUCCUCCUCCCCCGACGACAAGCUGCUGACCAGCCCCCGGGCCAUCAACAACCUGGUGCUGCAGGGCUGCUCGUCCAUCGGGCUGCGCCUGGUGCUCGAAUACCUCUACACGGCCAACGUGACCCUGUCCCUGGACACCGUGGAGGAGGUGCUGUCGGUCAGCAAGAUCCUGCACAUCCCGCAGGUCACCAAGCUCUGCGUGCAGUUCCUCAACGACCAGAUCUCGGUGCAGAACUACAAGCAGGUGUGCAAGAUCGCCGCUCUGCACGGCCUGGAGGAGACCAAGAAGCUGGCCAACAAGUACCUUGUGGAGGAUGUGCUGCUGCUCAACUUCGAGGAGAUGCGCGCCCUGCUGGACUCGCUGCCGCCCCCGGUGGAGUCGGAGCUGGCGCUCUUCCAGAUGUCCGUGCUGUGGCUGGAGCACGACCGCGAGACCCGCAUGCAGUACGCACCCGACCUCAUGAAGCGCCUCCGCUUCGCGCUCAUCCCGGCCCCGGAGCUGGUAGAGCGGGUCCAGUCGGUAGAUUUCAUGCGCACCGACCCGGUCUGCCAAAAGCUGCUGCUGGACGCCAUGAACUACCACCUGAUGCCCUUCAGGCAGCACUGCAGGCAGAGCCUGGCCAGCAGAAUUCGCUCUAACAAGAAAAUGCUGUUAUUGGUUGGAGGGUUGCCUCCUGGACCGGACCGUCUCCCCAGCAAUUUGGUUCAGUAUUACGACGAUGAAAAAAAGACUUGGAAAAUACUCACAAUUAUGCCAUACAACAGUGCCCACCACUGUGUUGUGGAGGUAGAAAACUUUUUGUUCGUGUUGGGCGGAGAGGACCAAUGGAACCCAAAUGGAAAACAUAGUACAAAUUUUGUCAGCCGAUACGAUCCCCGGUUCAACAGCUGGAUUCAACUUCCACCCAUGCAGGAAAGAAGAGCCAGUUUCUACGCAUGUCGGUUGGACAAACAUUUAUACGUUAUUGGUGGGAGGAACGAAACCGGCUACUUGUCCAGCGUGGAAUGCUAUAACCUUGAAACAAACGAAUGGCGCUACGUGUCUUCUUUGCCACAGCCUCUGGCCGCUCACGCAGGAGCAGUGCACAAUGGGAAAAUAUACAUUUCAGGAGGGGUACACAAUGGAGAAUAUGUCCCAUGGCUAUAUUGCUAUGACCCUGUGAUGGAUGUCUGGGCUCGAAAACAAGAUAUGAACACAAAACGUGCAAUCCACACAUUGGCUGUGAUGAAUGAUCGCUUGUAUGCAAUUGGAGGAAAUCACUUAAAAGGUUUUUCCCACCUUGAUGUAAUGCUUGUGGAAUGCUAUGACCCAAAAGGUGACCAGUGGAAUAUUCUCCAAACUCCUAUUUUGGAGGGACGAAGUGGCCCUGGCUGUGCAGUGCUAGAUGACAGCAUUUACCUUGUGGGAGGCUACAGCUGGAGUAUGGGGGCCUACAAAUCAUCUACAAUAUGUUACUGUCCAGAAAAAGGAACCUGGACAGAACUGGAAGGAGAUGUAGCAGAACCCCUGGCCGGCCCUGCCUGUGCAACAGUUAUCCUGCCUGCCUGUGUGCCGUAUAACAAAUAACACCUGGGAACCCUGGAAUGAACAGGAUCACAUUCUAGAAAGCAAUGACAGGUGACAUCACUAGCAUAAUAGGAACAAUGCAUUCUAAUGAUACAACGGUUGAAAGCUACCCUUGGUUUCUGAUGAUUUACAACAAACUACAAAAAAGAAGACAACUAUUCUUGAAUAGAUACUGCAUUUGUAACUCAGAUCACACCAAACUUCCUGUGGCGACAGACUCUUCUAUUUCAGACUGGUUUUGACUUGUCCCAGCUUUACAAAAACUCCUCACGUAGAUCUUAAUUAUCAAAAGGAGAAAGACAAAAUACAGAAGACUGGCCCCAGAGAGAACUAAGAUCAAUAUUGUGCAUUGUAGUCUACCUGCAUGUGAUCUAUGUUGAAGUUUUGGGGAUAUUGUGUUCAUGGAUGAUUCAAAAUUUGACCCACCAAAAUAUUUACACUGUGUUACAGAAAUUGCCACUCGAUUCUGUAUGCCUAACUUUUGGCUACUUCACAGACUCCACAGGCAACACAGUUAUUGAAAAUCAUGUGAGAUUAAAGAAGGGCAUUUUCAUUUUUGUACAACUUCAUUUCAUAUACCUUCUGCCCUUACAGCACUUCAUGGGAUCAGAGGAGAGAAAGAUGUUGGCCCUUGUAGUAAUUCUUUCUACCCUAUAGGUUCUAAACUAGCCCAGAUUAAUCAUUUCUGUUUUCUCAAUUUGAUCUAAAAGAUUAAAACAAUAUACCAUGUCACUAUUUAGUUCAUGGAGGUUUGGGUUUUCUCAUCUUUUGUAGUAUGUACUUGGUGAACACUUAUGUUACUGGCUUCAAAAGGUAGAACUGAUAAAUUUGAUAUUUUAGAGACUGCUGAAUAAUACAUGUGAUCCCAACUUAAUCCAUAAUGAAAACUUUGAGAAUUCAGAGAUGAAAAAAUUUAUAACUUUUCACAAUUAUAAAGCCAGUUGUUGCUCUGUUCCUAAAAUACACAGUUUAUAAGAGGUAUAGAUGCCAGUCAUGGCACCUACCAAGCUACUUCCCUUCCACACCUUUGGGCAGUUCUAGAUACUUGACUUACUCCCACUAUUCCACCAACUCAUCCUAUUUCAUUUGUCAUCACCAGAGAUGCCUGAACUCAGUUAAGUGAGGAAUUGCUAGUUGUCUUUAGGAGCAUGAGGAAUUUAGAAGCAGAAGGUCUAGAGAGCAUGAGAUUUUCAGUGUGGCCUAUCAGUAAAAACAAAACGGGAGGAACAUGAAUCUGAGCUUCAAACUCUUCAGAGUUUGUUAGGAGUAAAUAAAAGCCUAAAAUAUUUUUAAUUACUCAGAUAUGUUGUUGAAUCCCUCAACAAAUGUGUCAUUCAAUACAACAAUAACAGAAAGCCACAGAUCAAAAAAGCUUUCAUGGCAGAGCGCAUCAAGAUGGAUGGGUAUACUGGAAUCCAAUGCCAUUUCUACAGUAAAGUGCAAUCUUCGUUGUUUCUGUAUUUAUUUGUAUGUUCAGAUCCAAAGGAUCCGUUGUAAAAUUAUAUAUAUAAAUAUAUAUAUGUAUAUCCAGUGCAAUCAACUUCCAUUUCUUUUUUUUCUCAAAAACGUAUGAAUAUAUAGGAAGAAAGAUAUUACAAAAACCCUGUGGAAGAAUCCCAGCUGACAUCACAAAGAGAACAUGAUCUGCUUCAGAACGUUUUAUUUUCAACUGUCACCAUUCCUUCCAGAAGUCACAGUUUAUACAAGAAUAUUUGCUUUAUUUGGACUUGUUUGUCAUUUUAGUUUUUAUUUCUAGCCAAAAUAAAUAAAAAGCAUUUAUGAGAACUAUAAGUAGAGCUUUCUGUAUUUCAGAAAGACACAAACUACUAGAAAGUGAAAAGUGAGUAAGUCACAGAGGAUGUAAAUUUUGUACAGUAUUAGAAUGUGUAAAUGAAGCUUGCUUGGAAG